UGGGAAACACAGUGGGUAGAAAGCAGAGGAGACGAAAGGAAGGAGAAGAACAAACGUGCUUAAUGUUUCACCACCAUGCUCCAGACUUUGUAAACCUGCACUGAAAAAGCUCCACCCACCUGCUCUCACCUCCACUCUACACACUUUGCUUUCCUGAAUCCAAUGGAUAAACAUGACCCGGACACCCCCCCUCCUCCCUACUACUCUGUUGCUGUCCACACGCAGCCACCCCUCAGGUCUUAUGAAGAGGUGGUGUAUGGCUUCGGUCCAGGGAUGAUGCCCCCAACCCAGCCACGUUACAUCCCUCGGUAUCCACCAUCUGUGGCUGUUCCCCAAGUCUCACAGCCCAUCACAAUCCCAAAGAAGAAAAAAGGAUGCUGUGAGAGCAAGAAAAGGUGCAUUGGUGUGUCGGUGUCAGUCCUACUGUUGCUUGUUCUGCUGGGUGUGGCCAUUUGGCUUGGAGUUGUGUACGGCACCAGGAGUGCAACAUCAGCGAUCCACUACGAUGAGCAUGAUGGGAGCAAUGAUGAGAAAACCCAAAGUGCAGUUUUGCCAAAGGACAACUGCCCAAACAAUGCUGUCAAAUGUGAUGGAAAACAGGACUGCCAACAUGGCACUGACGAAGCAUACUGUGUGAGGUUUGGUGAGGGAAACAGUCUGCAGGUCAAAACAGCCACAGAUGACCGCUUCCUACCAGUGUGUAAACAAGGGUGGGAUGACAAUGAAGCCAAGCAGAUCUGCAAGCAGCAAGGAUUCAGAAACGUCCAUAUGACAGAUACAAUUCAAUCAGAUUCCAAAGGUUUAACACUGAACAACAGUACAAGAUCUGCUCCAAUCCAGGCUCGGGUAAAUGUCAGUUCUCCCUGUCCGAACAAGCAGACUGUCUCCCUGCAGUGUGUGGAUUGUGGUAAGCAGCAGGCCACGUCCCGGAUCAUUGGUGGCACCAUAGCUAAAAUAGGUCUUUGGCCUUGGCAGUUGUCACUACAGUUCAGAGGAUCCCAUGUCUGCGGAGGAGUCCUGAUCUCCCCUGAUUUUGUGCUUUCUGCUGCCCACUGUUUCCCAAGAGACUCUGCGGCUCUAUCCCCUCAGAACUGGAGAGUAUAUGGUGGAAUGGUGUCGCUGAACAACCUGCCUGUUCCGUACUUUGUUGAGAAGAUCAUAGUCAAUGAGAACUAUGACACUAAAACAAAUGACCAAGAUGUUGUUCUUCUCAAACUUACAUCCCCAGUCACUUUCAAUGAUAAAGUUCAGCCCGCUUGUCUGCCAGCAUAUAACCAGAACUUUGUCCAAGGAACUCAGUGCUGGACCUCGGGUUUUGGCACCACACAGGCCAGUUCAGGUGUUGUCUCGAAGGAUCUGAUGGAAGUGAGUGUGGACAUCAUUGAUACACGGGUGUGUAACAGUCGUGAUGCUUAUGGAGGUCUGGUGACCAAUAAUAUGCUUUGUGCUGGGAAACUCGAAGGAGGCAAAGACUCCUGUCAGGGUGACAGUGGUGGACCUCUGGUAUGCCAGGGAGAGAGUCGCUUUUACCUGGUGGGGAUUACCAGCUGGGGAGCUGGCUGUGGUGAAAAAAACAAACCUGGGGUUUACACCAGAGUCAGUAGUGUUCUGCCCUGGAUCUACACAAGCAUGCAUAGAGCUAUGGUGUGACAUCACUUUACCUCCUGCUGGUGUUUUCCUCCCAAUGAAGUCUGCACUAUGAAGUUGUCUUGAGGGAGUAGCAGCAUGACAGAAAUGCCCACAUACAUUCAUUAAUGUUGUGCUCAUCAUCUAUACUCAUCCCAGGUCACAUGGAUUUAAUAUAUUUUACACUACCCACAUGUAUACAAGCUAAUCAAUGCACUGACUUCAAUUUUGAUUUUAUUCUUUUGCAUGUACUAAAGCUUAUUUUUAAUUUAAGUGAGCUUUAAAAGCAGAUUCUUUUUUUUUUCAAUUGUAUCUAAUUGUAAUUCAAUGAAAGGCUUUACUGAGGCUCUACUGAGAUUUCCUUAAUCGGUUUGUGGUUGAUUAAUGUAUGAUUGUAUAUAAUUAUGUAUGAUUAAUUAUUAUGAAGGUGUUUUUUUCUCUCAGGAACACAAUUUUAACUGUUGUGUACCAUAUUAAAAUCAAAACAUUUUGUGCAUUACCUUGCACUUGAGUCACUAAGCAGUGCACUUAAGCCACUACUCAUGUUGGGAUUUUUCUUGAAAUUGUUCUUGAUUGUAUGCCAUUUUUCCAUAUUAUUUGUUAUGUUCAUGUCAUAAGUUUGUGAAGGAUUGCGCGAAUAACAAACACAACAUAUAUCAGAUAAAGAAGGAACCAUCCA